AUGGACGCGGAUAUGAUUGGUGACGAAAAGCCAGUCGCGACGUACAAGUCCGGCCGCGCCAAACUUCUGGCAGCGAGGGACGUGCAAAGUGCCGCAUAUACCAACGAGAACUACGUUUACUUCGCCGUCGCACGGUACAUGCAAAAGACGUUCGGCACCUACCCCCCGUAUCCACGUAUGUGGAGCGUCACGAAGACGACAGCAGAGAACGAGGCGCUCGAGGACUUUGAACCAGGCGCCCCAAGUCGUCACAACACAGCGUUGGACUUGGAGGAUGCCGACCCCAGCCGCGGUACCGGAGAAGCAGUCUCAGACAGGCUCUACGAGAUGGCAAUCUACCCAGAGUGGUACCAGCCUAUUGUUCGGCAAGCCAUCACCGAACCCGACUUUGGUAGGCUCGCCUUCUCCCACCCCAAUAUAGACGACGUUGUUUGCCAGACCACGAGCGAGUCUGCGCAGUACGAUGAUUGUGUAGCCGCCUUUGCGACGCUGGAGGGUCUCGAUCGGAACAAGGUUCAGCUGGUUCACAAGAGGCCCGGCGAGAGGUGGUGGGCGAAUGUGGUCACGACGUGUGCGGUUCAAGUCCACUACAAGGGCGACUGGUCAAAGUGCGAGGCUUCGCUGUCGGAUGUAUGGGCUCACGCUAAGGAUGUCUUUGAGGGGUGCCAUGGCGAGUAUGGGACGGUGGGUGGCUAUGUUCCUUUCGGUGUGCCGAAUUGUCCUGCGACGAUUGAUCUCGUGUCCAGUCGUCAGUGGAGCAAUCCAGAUCCGUUCUAG